UGAUUUUGGGAGCCUUGUCCUUUCCUGAUGAAUAUUUAAACCCCUGAAUCGGAAACGUUAACGCGUAUGUCCCUGCGACAGUGCGUCUGUCUCGCAUUGGUCUAUUUCGAGUAAUUCCCCUCUUCCCUCCAUCCACCCCUCUGCUGGCUGGCUGCCAUGGUGCCAUCGGGACAUGGGGACGGAUCCCAGCUUCACAGCUUUAGCCCGGGCUCGGGAUGAACUAACAGAAAACAGUCUUUCGAAGAUCAGAGCUCAACAGCAGGGGUAUUUUCCCAGAAUCAGUAGUAGAUAAGGCGUCAUGGACUCGCAAAUGUCCGCGGACGGCCCAUGUGCCGUGUGCAACGCCCCCGGGCGAGCAUGCGCCGGUUGUCUCUCCGUAUACUACUGUGGGAAAGAGCACCAACUCGCUCACUGGCAGAGCGGCCAUAAGCACACAUGUGCGCCAUAUAAAAUAUCCAAGGACCCUAUACUUGGCAGAUACCUAGAAGCCACACAGGAUAUUAAAGCUGGAAAAUUCAUUAUGAAAUCAAAACCACUUGUAUGUGGGCCUCAGAUGAGUUCAGAGCCAGUCUGCUUAAGUUGUUGCAGGCGCCUUGAAAAUGAACCUGAUGACUGGUAUCAAUGUACAGUGUGUGGGUGGCCACUGUGCUCUCCAGACUGUCAAAAGGAUGAACAGCACAGACCAGAAUGUAGCGCAAUGUCGAAGGCUGGUUUCUAUAUGGGCAGAGACUGUGGAAAAGUUACUAUUCUUGGAGGGUUGGAAGAACUAAACCAAUGGUCCUGGUAUGGAUCUAUAGUUCCAAUCCGCGCCCUAUUGCUACCACCAAAAGAUUACAAGAAAUUGAUGACGCUCCAGACUCACAUACAGGAGCAUCGACGCAAUCCUGAAUUUAAUUUUAAAGUUCGGUCAGUGACUAACUUUAUUCAUAACUUGUUAAAAUUGCGUGACUUUAAAGAAGAGGAUAUUGCAACAGUCCUAGCCAUAUUUGACACUAAUGCAUUUGAAGUUGCUCGUUCAGAUCUAAACCAGGCGGGCAGGGCUUUAUAUUACAUGGGGUCAAUGAUGGCACAUGCCUGCAACCCAAACGCCCGUCUCUGUUAUGUGGGUGAGAAAUUUGAAAUGGCUCUUAUGGCUGAGCAAAACAUUCCAAAGGGAGGAAGCAUUAACAUAACUUACAUGGACCGAUUAAAUGGGACAUUGAAACGUCUUACACACUUGAGAACAACAAAAUACUUCGAUUGUUGCUGUUCUCGAUGCAAUGAUCCCACUGACAUGGGCUUGUAUUUGGAUUCAGUCAGAUGCAUUACAUGUCGAGAGAAAGGAAAACUAAAUCUACUGCUGUCAACAAGUCCCCUAAAAUUAACAGCUGACUGGCAAUGCCAGGAUCCUCAAUGCCAAAACAAAGUAUCUGCAUCAGAAAUGAUACGAACUCACAAGGAACUAAGAACCGCUAAACAGUACUUGGACGAAAAUCCUCAGUUGUCAAAGUACAAAGAAUUUAUAAACAAACAGCUUGGAUCUGAAGGAUUGCUUCAUUCGACUUCUACCUACAUUCUUCAAAUAAAGAUUUCUCUUAUAUUUGAUAUUUUGGGACAUAGUCCAGGCUACUACCUGAAAGAGCUUGAAAACAGCUUACUGGUCUACAAAGUUCAGCUGUGCCAAGAAAUGCUGGAUAUUGCAAAAAUACUUCAUCCUGGAUUUUCAAAGACUCGUGCUUUCUUACUUAUGCAACUACAAGAAACACUGAUGGAGCAGACAAAAAGAGAGCUGAGAGAUAAGUUGAUCACUUUGAAAGAGGCUAAGGAGUCUACAAAAACGGCUAAGGCUUUCCUAGAUGAAGCUGUAUCAAUUCUACAAGAACCAGCAAGAAAAGCAGAUGUUGAGUCAAAAGUAAGGGAGUUUCAUAAUUGCUGCAAACGGAUGGGUAUGAAUGCUUAAAUUCACUUGUAUUAAUUUUUGAUACAAAAGAUUUAUUUGAAUCUCAAGACAGUGAUUUGGAACAUGGAUGCAAUUAUAAAGUAAAGGACGAAGGAGGAAAAUUAGUUUAAUAAUAAAACCAUGAUAUUAGUUUUGGAUGAAAAUGUACUGCUGUAUAUGGUCAUAUAUGGCACAGUGGCAGUCCAAGGGAGUACAGAUUAUAGAGGAAACUCAUAGCCUGUCCUUUCUACCCAAUGUUGAUAUUGUAACUCAAGUUAUUAUACCUGUGUCUUUUUACUCAUUGGUUAGAAAGAACAGUCCAUACCCUAGUAGCACCAGUGCGGAGAAGCACAUCAAAAUACGCUUAAAAGGUCCAACAUUUUGGGCGUGUUUAGUGCACAUUAGUGAGUAAAAUGCGAAUUUCAUGUGCACAAUGUGUGUUAAAUGCGCUAAAAAUGUAGGACCUAUUAUGACCAUUUUGAAGUGCAUUGUUGCAUUUUAAGCACAUUUGCACUACCAGGGUAGUAGCUACCCAGUGCGGACAUAAGUGGAACAUCCAAAAGUCGACCUAGUAUGCAACAAUGUUGUUUUGAUAUAAUUUUUCAUACAGCAAUUUCUCACUGGGUAAAUCUUUUCUUUACUCCCUUAAUAUUGGUAUUUAGCAACUCCCUCAUAUCUUAUGUCAAAAACAUACAUUUUUCCAAAAAUCUGAGAGGAAAAUUAAAAUUAUGUAACAAUAAUUUAUCAGACAAGUAUAAACUACAAUAUGAACAUAUUGCAGACUGAAUUAACACUACACUAUUAUGCAUCUGAGAAUUUAAGGACCAAAACACUAAUACAAAUUGAAACAAGCAAAAACUCAACAAAAACAUUUUAGUCACAAAAUCACCAUGGGCGUCACAGUAACAUAUUUUCGUUAAAAUCUCUAGUGUCCUCCCAGGUGGAAAAGUUGUGACAUAGUAGGUCAUACCAUACAGAGAUCACAAAUGUCAUUGUGAGAGAAGUGUUCGCCUGGGGAAGAUGCAUGACGCAUACAGCAAAUAAAAAAAUGUCAAAUUUGUAAAAAUAUCAGCAAAUUUAGAAAAAUUAUGUUUAACAUUCAAUAGAGAAUGGCAGAGUGGUCAAACAUAUUCCUGAAAAAUAAUUGUGAUAUUGAAACUAAAUCAAUAAGAAAAGAAAGUAAGAAGUAAAUAAAGAACAAAUUUGUAUGGUAGCAAAUGUCUUGAUGGUAUUGCACAAAAACCUAAGCAUUGUGGAAAUGUAAUUAAGUAAAUGCAUCAGAAAUAUGAAGUAACAUCACAGUGUCCGAACAUGAAGUAUGAUUAUGAAAUAACUGAUUUGCAAACAUUAUUUCCUCGUUAGAUAUAAAAGAGAAAUUUUUUGACUUGCAUAUGACUCAUAAAUCCACACUAUAAAUACCUGAAUAAAUCCAUUGUGUGUACAAAGUGUACUUUCAAUUGAGAUCUGUGAUGAAUUUGUUUGGUUAAGAUCCUCACAGAACAUUAAUAACAGCAUAGUUUCAAUAAGUAAGAUUACUAUAAGAUCUUGUUGAAUCUCCACGUAAUUAAUUAAGUAUGCAUAGCUUGCAAUAUACAAUAGAAAAUAUGAGAAUGCUUGUAAGGUAACAACUAUGUUUCAAUAAAUUUUGUGCAACC